AUGGCGUCGCCCACCCUAUACACCGCGCUUCCCGCGGCCUCUUCCAUCCCGUCUCGUAAACUGACGGUCAACGCGCAAAGCAGUUCCAGCAGCAACGAUCAGGUCUCGUCGGAGGAUGCGCCGCCGUCGCCGAACCAGCCGCUCCUCUUCCCCCGCCGCCCCAUCUUCGUCAGCUACCGCAGCCCUCGACGGUCGUACAUCUACGGGCCCGAGUCCACGUCGCCCAUGUACGCGCUGAGGGCUCCCCGUCCGAUCGCAAGCCACCACCACCACACGCUCUACUCCGGCCCGACCGAGGCCUCCGCCCCCCUGGCGACGGUAGGCCGGGUGGGCGAGCACCGUCGGCCGCUGGUGAGGGUUUACCGGCCGUCGAGUGCCCACCCUGGCGGGACGAGCGUGGCCAUGACGAGCGGUCGGCGCGGUCGGCGCUUCCGCGUGAGCCUGGACCGCGACGACGGGACCGUCGAGCAGUUCGAGUGGCGCAACUCCAGGGGUCCCGAGGCCUGCAGCCUGUGCGGCGGUAGGGGCCAGCAGAGCCUCGUGGCCGGUUGGAAGCUCGCCCGCAUGGCUGAGCCGGCCACGCCGCGGUCCGGCACCGCCCGGCGCCCCGUCGGCUACACGAGCGAUGGUAGGGAGGUCGUCGCCGCCGGGGCGCUGGUCUACGGCGAUCGGAAUCCGCGCUUCGCCUUCAUGGGCAGCGGGGCUACCGGCCGGUUUGGCGAGACGUUCGAGAUCGUGACCCUCAUGGGGUUUCUGGAGCUGUAUUAUAAUGCUAUCAGCGCGAGCAUAUAG